AUGGAUCAACACGGCCAACGCGGUCGCUCACCGUCUGCGAGUCAUCACCAGCCUCAUAUAAGACACCCGUCGCAUUCUCCGUCUCCGAACCCGUUCCAGCCCCAUACCGAAGCAGCUUCAAUUGGUCUUGGUCUCGGCUUGGAUCAAUCUGCCACUCAAGCCUUCAACGGAACCACCUCUGCCGACUUCUCCAGCUUCAACAACGGUAACAACUUCCUCAACGGUCAGCAGCCCGGACAGUCGUCUUACAACCAACCCGGCGCGACCUUUGCGAACCAGGGCCAGGGCAGCUUCCUCGACCCAAACUUCUCCUCGGGCGACUUCGCCUUGUUCCCCAACGCAGGUCAGGGUGAUACGCAGUUCAAUACCGGUGUCUUCGAACAGAGCCUCAACCCGGACAUGAACAAUAUGGCCAUGCCUCAGAGCCACCACUCUCCCACCCCUCCGCACCUCCUCAACCCGGACCCCCACCAGACGCCCUCCGCCCGCCAGUCUCCCGCCUUCAACCAACACCAGUUCUCGUCGCCGCCGUCGGGCCACUCGAGGCAUGCCUCGCUCGGCCCAGAGGCCGCUCUUCUACCCAACCAGCUGAACGAAUGGAGCCAGCCCCAGUUCCAGCGCCACAGGAGAUCCCCCUCCGAAUACUCGGAUGUUUCGUCGGCCGCCCCGUCUCCGAACCUCGUAAGUGCCGACAGCUUCGAUGGCCUUGACCAACGUCAUUCGCCCAUGCAGCGGCCGUCGGACCCCGGCCUUUACCAGCAGAUUGGCUUCGACAACUUCACCAUCUCGGACCCCGCGCUUGGCAGUCCCAACAUGCAGGCCCGGAGCCCCUCUCACAGUCCGGCCAUCUCCCCGCGCAUCCUUCCUCAGUCGAUGCCUGAGUUGAACCAACCGCCCAACUUUGGUCUCGGGAACCAGAAUGCUGGUUUCGUCGGCGGUAAUGGCUUUGCCGGGCAGGAGGCGUUCCCGACGCUGCAACAACCGGAGAUGCCCCAGGUCGCACCGGCCAUCAACAUCGAGUUCGCACCCACAGCAAGGCAAAACAAUUUUGAGCCUCCCAAGAACCAGAUGGAUCAGGAUUCCCUGACCCCCCCUGAACGAGGCCGUCCUCGAUCUCGACCACGCGCAGUUACGGACCCUUUCAACAAUUCCGGUGGAGGCAUGGCGCGCCAAACGUCGGUGGGCAGCUUGUCGCCUCACUUGGGGUCUGACCUGUCCGGCCGCGACUCGUCACGGUCCCUCUCUCCGCUCGAUCGGGGAGCCACAAGUCCCAGUCGCAGACGGCAGUCGACUUCGGCCGUGCCGAACAACGUAAUUGCGCUCAGGCUGGCGGAUCCCGAGUACCAAAAUUCCCAGGACAACGGCAACGCGAAACGCGUUCAGAAGCAUCCGGCCACAUUUCAGUGCACUCUGUGCCCGAAACGGUUCACCAGAGCCUACAACCUACGAUCGCAUCUACGGACCCACACGGACGAACGUCCCUUCGUCUGUACGGUCUGUGGAAAGGCUUUUGCACGCCAACACGACCGAAAGAGACACGAGGGGCUGCACUCGGGCGAGAAGAAAUUUGUUUGCAAGGGAGACCUCAAAGCGGGCGGCCAAUGGGGUUGCGGCCGGAGGUUUGCGCGUGCCGAUGCCCUUGGUCGACACUUCCGGUCGGAGGCUGGGCGGAUCUGCAUCAAACCCCUUUUGGACGAAGAAAUGCUCGACAGACAACGUGCUUGGCAGGAGCAACGGAUGCAACAACAAAACAUGCAAAACAUGGCGGCCCAGGGCGCCAUGGGUAUGGAACCAGGCUACCCUAUGGACGCCAGCGGACAGUACAUGUUGCCGGCCGCCCUGCUUGCUCAAUACCCAGCGCUGGCUCAGAUGAACUGGUCAGGGCAGGACGCGAGCAGCGGUCUCGAAGACGACAUAUCAGGUCGGUCGUCUUUCGACGCUAGCGAUUAUGAAGGCGACGACGGGGGUUAUGUCAGUGGGCCUGGUACGGGUUUCGGUGAGGGAGGUAUGGGCCAGAACUUUGGCGAAGUCGGUUACGCUAGUGACUACGGUGGUCGGUAA